CAAAUCGGGAGUGAUACGGGCUAUAUCAUGAGUGAUGCAGAGGAAAGCAAAGCAGAAACAACCACGAAAGUGAUGUUCAAGAAAGCGGGGCGAAAAAACCUCAGGCAACGCAAGAAUUCAGAUGAAACAGAGAAGGAGGAACAAAUAACACUAGAUGAGAUCAAGGAACGCCAGCGUCUAAGGCAGCGACCCAAUGGCGUCAGCCUGGUGGGACUGGCACUGGGCAAGAAAAUCGCGCCUGAGGAGGAACUCGCCAUCAAGGAUCCCUUCAAUGUGAAGACCGGAGGUCUGGUGAACAUGCAGCAGCUGAAAUCGGGCAAGAUGAAGGAGGCGGACGACGCCUACGACGUGGGAAUUGGCACCCAGUUCUCGGCGGAGACGAACAAGCGGGAUGAGGACGAGGAGAUGAUGAAGUACAUCGAGCAGGAGCUGCAGAAGCGUAAGGGCGGCGGCACGGAAGACGCAGUGGAGGAUGACGGGGAUGUGAACAAGUACCUGACGCCCGAGGAUGCCGCCUUGUACGCACUGCCCGACCACCUGAGGCAGUCCUCCUCGCACAGAUCCGAGGAGAUGUUGUCCAACCAGAUGCUCAAUGGCAUUCCCGAAGUAGACCUGGGCAUUGUGGCCAAGAUCCGUAACAUAGAGGCCACCGAGGAAGCCAAGCAGAAGCUGCUGCAGGAUGCCAAGAACAAGAAGGAUGGACCCUCGCAAUUCGUGCCCACCAACAUGGCGGUCAACUUCAUGCAACACAAUCGAUUCAACAUCGAGGAUAGCAGCGAUCAAAGGAGGCGCAAGCGGGAGGAAAGGGAGGGUAACAAGUCCGCGCAGCACCAAACGAAUCCCAAUGGAGUCAAGCGAGCCACAGAUGACUAUCAUUAUGACAAGUUCAGGAAGCAAUUCCGCAGAUACUAAAGAUACGAGUGCGAGCAAUAAAAAGUACAAUUGUUUAGGUUCAA